UUUUCUUUUCUCUCUUUUUUUAUAAUGACAAAAUGAAAGCUUUCAAUUGACUUUUACUCCCCAAGAUGAGCUGAUAAAGAACAUGGUAAAAAAGAAAACCAUUUUAAUAACUACUUUCUCUUCAUCUUUCUCCAUUCUAAACUUAAACUUCUCUCUCUCUACUUCAUCUGCAAAUUGAACAGAAUGGGAGAAAAGAUUGGUGCCCUCUGUUUUUAAGGCAGUGAACUGUUAGAAGCCAGGAAAGGAGAGUUGACCUCCGUCUGAUUUUACAAUGCCAGCUCCUCUUGCUCCAUAUCCGACACCUCCAGCGCCAUAUACUCCUGCAACCAAUGGUUCUCAAAGCCAGCUUGUGUGUUGUGGAUGUCGAAAUCUAUUACUCUAUCCGGUUGGAGCAACUUCUGUGUGCUGUGCUGUUUGCAAUGCAGUAACAGCUGUGCCACCUCCUGGCACAGAAAUGGCCCAGUUGGUUUGUGGAGGCUGCCAUACCUUGUUAAUGUACAUUCGUGGAGCCACAAGUGUUCAAUGUUCGUGUUGUAACACCGUCAAUCUGGCCUUGGAAGCAAAUCAGGUGGCACAUGUAAAUUGUGGGAACUGCAGAAUGUUACUCAUGUACCAAUAUGGCGCACAAUCUGUAAAAUGUGCAGUUUGCAAUUUUGUGACAUCAGUUGGGGGCUCAGCAAGUGCUGCCGAGCAGAAGUUCAACAGCUAAAAUUAUUUUACAUCCCAAGUUGAUUAUUAGAAACUACAGCCUGGGUUUUGCACAUUACAAAAUAUCCUCCUCCACGGGUGCAUUCCUCAGCAAAACUGUUGUAUAGAGUUAUUUUUCCUUUGCGUGACCUAUUUAAAUAAGCAGUCUAUGUAUGAAAAGUAUUUCCAUCAGAGAAGACUUUAAUAGGUUGAACAAUCGGUUCUCCUGUAAGAUAACUUCGUUUUCUUUUACUUAGCCAUGAG